AGCUGCUGAGAUCAGAUGCCAUCCGUGGGUGGGAAGAUUUCUGCUUCGACGCUGUUCCCAGUUGCCAUGCCUGAUGCUGGGAAGCAGAGGCCAGCCAUGAAUCGUUUGAAGAAGCUUCAAGCGUUACGAAAGCAGUCCUUGCAGAGGUUGGGCCAAACGCAAGCCCGCCGCCUGUUUGUGGAACGCAGUGGAGGCUCUGCUGCAAAGGCUGCUGGAAGGAGACGCUUGGCACCGGUUCCGAGCAAUGAAGAUUGGGCGCGGCUGAAGAAUGAGGAAGGCCUUCUGAACGAUUCUUUGCUGGACUUCCACCUGGAUCGGAUGGUGGUGCUCUCAAGCUGUGCAGAUCGGGUGCACAGCUUCAGUAGCCUCUUCUACACUCGGCUCAGCGAAGGAGGAUGGCCGCAGGUGAAAACCUGGACCAAGAGUUUAAGGCAGAAGGAGCUCGCGGGCAUCUUUGCCAAGGAGGUCCUGUUUGUACCAGCCCACGAUUCCACCACGGAGCAUUGGUGGUUGGCCUUGGUGAUCUGUCCGUGGGCGGCCUGCCCGGCGCCGGGCGGCUGCCCCGCGCUGCGGCAGCCCUUCGUGGCCUUCCUGGACUCGAUCGAUCCGAGGCUCUCUUCUUGUGAAGUGGACUCGGAAAACCUCCAGGUUCUGCUCCAGGCUGCUGCCGCCGCAGAUCUGCGGCACCAGACGGCGCUGAAGCUCUUGCGGGAGUACUUGAAGAAGGAAUGGCUGGACUGCUUUGGCGAAGGAGCUGAAGAGUAUUGCGAAGAGUCCAUCCAGGGCAUUUCCAUCGAAGUCCCACAGCAGACCAACAGCACGGAUUGCGGGAUCUACGUGCUGGAGUAUGCGCGGAGGCUGCUGGACGAUCCGCGCCUGCUGGAGCACCUUUGCACCUACCAGGCAGCGCCUGCCCAGCUCACCCUGGUGCCCAGUGGUUCGGCGGCGUCGCUGCGGAAGCGCUGGCGGAAGCUGGGGGAACGACUCAUGGCAGAUGCCAUCCCCAGGCGCAGAUCCAUCCCCACACCAGCCAGAAGUGCGGCAGCCUCCGCAACACGUACCAGGCUUCAAGAAAGCUUCAAGGAGAGUCUGGCGCUACUGGACUCUCAUCUUCCUCGCCUGGCGAGUCAAGGAGCUUGUGCAGAUCGGGUGCUGUGCUUUGACAGCCGCUUCUAUGGGCAUUUGGUGAAGGGCGAGCUGGAGAAGGCGCAUGCCAUCUCUGCGGAGUGCAGGAAAGAGCGUGCUGAAGGCAUCUUCGGACGCAACUUGAUCUUGGUGCCAUGCCAUGACACAGAGAGCUGCCACAUUUGGCUGGCCUUGAUCGUCCAGCCGUGGGCGGCGGUGGCCUUGAACCUGGGCGAUGACCAGCCCUUCAUCGCCCUUCUGGACCUCGCCCCUUGUCAGGCGUCCAGCAAGGAGCAUCAUGCAGGAUCUUGGAAACUGCUGAAGGACUACUUGAUGCGAGAAUGGGACGAGUGCAAUGACCUCAGUGGCACCAAACGGCGCCCCAGGAGCUUUGGGCUCACGGCUGACUACCGCGCCGAGCGCGUCCGGGAGCUGCUCCUCCGCACGCCCGAGGGCCGUGCCGCGCCGCGUGCGGUCUAUGGGCUUCUGGAGCUGGCAAAUCGCUUGCUGGACAACUCAGCUGCUUUGAAGUACCUCUGCGAGCAUCAGGAGGCACCUCCAGAGCUCUUGGCACCUCUGGAAUUGCAGAAGUGGUUGAAGGAUAAGCCGGAUCAGCUGAAGGUCGGACGAUGACCGCGAGGCGGCGCGCUCCAGGGGUCUUCGACUGAGCAGAGUCUGAGGGUUCAGCAGGACGGAGCAGCUGAGUGGAUCCUGACGGAUCAGCUGCAUGCAUCGUGAAUUCAUGGGGUGCCCCCCUUCGUUCCAGCACCCUCCGGGCGGUACCGGGACGAGGCCGCCCUUGGGUGAUGGAUGGGCACCGUGGAUGGAGUCAAGCUUCUGAGGGGGGGUUUAUGUCUCUAGCUGAAAAGCCACUUGGGUCGGCGAGGCAUUGAGGUGGGCGAACGAGGGCCUGAUCAUGCCGUUGUGCUUCUUUUUUGUGAAUGCCUUCUGAAUGGCUUGUCGACCAUCCGCGAAUAGGAAAAAGCGAGCGCUGCGGUGAACUCCCAGACCCGGCUACUGACGAUGAGCCAUGACGUUUCGGGCUAGGAC